GGGCUCUGGCUGGGCGGGGCUCCGGCCGGCGGGGCGCGGCCGGCGUGCGGGGCUCCUCCUCUUUCCUCCGGCGGCGCCGGCGGCAGCAGCACUUCCGGGUCGACGCGGAGGCGGGGCGGAGGCGCCGCGGCGGCUGUUAUUGUUCGAGGGAGCUCGGUCGGGUGCUGUCUCAAUCGGCUCUGCGAGUGUCAGUUUGUCCGGCUUCCUCUCGGCCCCUCACUCCCGGCGGCUGAAGGUGACGGCUGCGGCGGGCGGGGCCUGGCGUUUCGAGGCCGAGCGGCGCCGGGGUGAGGGGCGCGGAGGAGGAGGAGGAGCAGUAGCAGGAGGAGGAGCCGUGUGCCCUGGCACCGAGCGGCCGCGGCCAUGGCGUACGCCUAUCUCUUCAAGUACAUCAUCAUCGGCGACACAGGUGUUGGUAAAUCAUGCUUAUUGCUACAGUUUACAGACAAGAGGUUUCAGCCAGUGCAUGACCUUACUAUCGGUGUAGAGUUUGGUGCUCGAAUGAUAACUAUUGAUGGAAAACAGAUAAAACUUCAGAUAUGGGAUACCGCAGGGCAGGAGUCCUUUCGUUCCAUCACACGGUCAUAUUACAGAGGUGCGGCAGGCGCUUUGCUAGUGUAUGAUAUUACAAGGAGAGAUACAUUCAACCACUUAACAACCUGGUUAGAAGAUGCCCGCCAGCAUUCCAAUUCCAACAUGGUCAUUAUGCUUAUUGGAAAUAAAAGUGAUUUAGAAUCUAGAAGAGAAGUAAAAAAAGAAGAAGGUGAAGCUUUUGCACGAGAACAUGGACUUAUCUUCAUGGAAACUUCUGCUAAAACUGCUUCCAAUGUAGAAGAGGCAUUUAUUAAUACAGCGAAAGAAAUUUAUGAAAAAAUCCAAGAAGGAGUCUUUGACAUUAAUAAUGAGGCAAACGGCAUUAAAAUUGGCCCUCAGCACGCUGCUACCAAUGCCACACACGCGGGGAAUCAGGGAGGACAGCAGGCCGGGGGCGGCUGCUGUUGAGUCCCUGUUUACUGUCUCGCUGCCCCAAUGCGGCUACUCACUUCCUCUUUCACUCUGUCCUCCUGCUCAGCUGCGACAUGAAACUGUUUGAAAUGGCUUUAUGUCACAGGAGACUUUAAUCCUUCAAAUUCUUGUAUAACUUUGAAUAAAUGGUUAAUGUUCACUUAAAAAGACAGAUUUUGGAGAUUGUAUUCAUAUCUAUUUGCAUUUGAUUUCUAGGUCAAUUGAUGUGAUUAUUUUUGUUAAAUGUUGUCUUGUGCCCUUACCUAUGAACUGAACUGUAUUAAACACUACAGAGUCAUCUUGAGCAUUUUAAAUCAGUUUGUGUGGUUAGGUUUCCCAACACCCGUGGUGACCUAAUGUUUAAUAUUACAGAACUGUCCUCAAGAAGUUUGUCAGUUUUCAAGGCUAUAAGGAAAACCAGGACUCCUUUAAUUCUGUAUUUAUCAUUUACUUUCUGUAUAUACAGUUUAACCUGCUUGGGUGUAAUUUGCCAAGCUUGAAUUCUUUAAUGCAUUUGCAUAAAUUCUAUACUGUUUAGAGCUUAAAGCUACAGAAGCAUUGUUAGGAAUUGCUCGGACACUGAAUUUUAAACUUUUUGACAUUGUUAACAAGCAUGUUCAUCCUUUCUUGUCACUAGUCCAAGAAAAUAUGCUUAAUGUACAUUUACUAAAGGCUAUGUGUGCGUUAACCUGUUUUAAUGCCAAAAGUUUGCUGUAUGUCCACAGUUUCUUUAAGAUCUCUUCAGAAAAGGAUUUGUUUGCCUUAAUGAAUACUGUCGGGUAAAAACACAGUAUAAUGAGUGAACUGGGCAGAAGCACGAACUCCCUACACCUGAGCGACUCCAAGAAGAAUGAAUGUCCACAUUUAGAUGGCGCAUUGAAGACUUUAAUCUUUCCUUCAACACAAUAAUGUUUUCUUUUGCUUUUAUUCCCAUGAUUUCUAAGUAUAUUUUUCAUGCAGGACAGUUUUUCAACCUUGAUGUACAGUGACUGUGUAAAAUUUUUCUUUCAGUGGCAACCUAUAAUCUUUAAAAUAUGGUAAGCAUCUUGUCUGUUUUGAAGGGGAUACGACAAUAAAUCUACCAGAUGGAAAAUCCUGUUGAAAGUAGAAAAGCUUUAGUAAUUUACUCAGUGUGGUGGUUUUUAUCCUUUUUUUUUUUUUCUCUCUCUCCCUUGGUCUAUAAUGAAAUUGUUACAGCAGUGCAAAAUAAAAUCCUAUGUAUAAAAGUG